UCCAACAGCGCUCACUCCAGGUCUUUUCUCCUCCGCUGUCGGCAUCCGCGGAUCCGAAGUUUUAUUUAUUCACGUUUUAAAAAUUUCGCGCGUUUCGCGUCUUAACAAAAACAAGUGAUUUCUCGAGAAAUUCGUUUGUUUGGGUGUCGGCGAGGAGUCCCGGGAGCGGAAAGCGGCCAAGAUGCAGACUCAUAGCAAGAAACGCGUCUGUUAUUACUACGACAGUGAUAUCGGGAACUAUUACUAUGGCCAAGGACAUCCCAUGAAGCCACAUCGGAUCCGAAUGACGCAUUUACUGCUGAAUUAUGGACUUUACAGGAGAAUGGAGAUUUAUCGUCCCCACAAAGCUACUGCCGAUGAAAUGACCAAAUUUCAUUCAGACGAGUACAUUCGCUUUCUCCGAUCCAUUCGUCCUGAUAACAUGACAGAAUACAACAAGCAGAUGCAACGUUUCAAUGUAGGCGAAGAUUGUCCUGUUUUCGACGGCCUCUAUGAGUUCUGUCAAUUAUCGGCCGGAGGAUCGGUUGCGGCUGCCGUCAAGCUCAACAAACAAGCAUCGGAAAUCUGCAUCAAUUGGGGCGGAGGCCUACAUCAUGCCAAAAAGUCAGAGGCUUCAGGUUUCUGCUAUGUGAACGACAUAGUACUGGGCAUCCUGGAACUUUUAAAAUACCACCAGCGUGUUCUCUACAUUGAUAUCGAUGUGCACCAUGGCGAUGGCGUUGAGGAGGCUUUUUAUACAACGGACAGGGUGAUGACUGUCAGUUUCCAUAAAUACGGAGAAUAUUUUCCUGGAACCGGAGAUCUACGUGACAUUGGAGCUGGAAAGGGCAAGUACUACGCCGUUAAUAUUCCGCUAAGGGAUGGCAUGGACGAUGAGGCGUAUGAGUCUAUCUUUGUGCCGAUUAUUUCAAAGGUUAUGGAGACCUUCCAACCGUCUGCGGUGGUGCUUCAAUGUGGGGCUGAUUCAUUGACGGGUGAUCGGUUAGGAUGUUUCAAUUUGACGGUAAAGGGCACGGAAAAGUGCGUGGAGUUUGUCAAAAAGUAUAAUUUACCAUUUUUGAUGGUCGGCGGUGGAGGCUACACAAUUCGAAAUGUAUCGCGUUGUUGGACAUAUGAAACUUCGGUUGCGUUAGGGGUGGAGAUUGCAAAUGAGCUUCCUUACAAUGAUUACUUUGAAUAUUUUGGACCUGAUUUCAAGCUGCACAUUAGCCCGAGUAAUAUGUCGAAUCAGAAUACAAGCGAAUAUUUAGAGAAAAUUAAAAACAGACUAUUCGAAAAUCUGCGCAUGUUGCCCCAUGCUCCCGGCGUUCAAGUGCCUAUCCCGGAAGAUGCUGUCAAUGAUGAAUCAGAGGAUGAAGACAAAGUUGACAAAGAUGAGAGGCUACCCCAGAGCGAUAAGGACAAGCGCAUCGUGCCCGACAAUGAAUUCUCAGAUUCUGAAGAUGAGGGCGAAGGCGGACGACGGGAUAAUCGUUCGUAUAAGGGGCAAAGGAAACGACCACGUUUGGAUAAAGACUCCAAAGUAGAAAAUGCCGACACAAAAGAUGAAAAAGAUAAUAAAAUGGAUACAACGGAACCGGAUGACGUGAAAGCCGAGGACACAAAGAAAGAGACCUCCGCGAUGACGUGAUAGACUUGGUGUUGUGUCAUUUGUGUUCAUUUUGUUAUGACCCUUCAUUAAACCACUUUUCAUAUCCUAAUGUUAAAGAAAACUUUUUUUAUGCUCGGUAAAGUCCAUCCAAAGAGGAUAAAUUCAUAAGAAAUUGCAUUCAGACAUUCAUUUUCUGCCGAAACCAAUCACUUAAGAGCAAGGCAUGGACAAAUAAGUUAAUUUUUAUCGCGAUCUGAUGCGAUUGAAAGAUUCUUAAGUGGAAUGCAAUUAACCUUUUUUAGAUAAAAACACGUCUCCUAUACCAAUCCGAGCAAAUCUUAGAUAAUUUUCGUUUCUAUUCUUUAAUUAAGUUCCGAUCUCAUUUUUGUAUGAGCAACACUAUGCAUUUAGCAAACGGUUUUUUUGAGUAUGUUAUUAGUCCUCAGAUUGUACGAAUCUUAAAAAUUGUAUAAUUCAAUAUCUCUAUCUCCAUCAAAAGAUAUUUGUACAUAUGGAAUCCGAUUUUAAGGCAACUAAAUUCAAUUUUAAACGAAUUAUAGUGUUCUGAAGGAGAAAUGCAAAUUGAAAUGUAAGUUUUAACAUCAAAAGCUAAAAAGGCUGACAAUUUCGCACUUGUUUUUCUCUAACUCACUGGGAGCAGUUCUAAUUGUAAAAUGUAAUGAGGUUGUUGAUCGUUCUUCACAUUGUGUUGGAUAGUGAACGCGAAUAGCCUUCGGGGAGGAUAUCUUUUAACUAGAAUGAUUAGAUAAAAGUAUGAAAAUUAUAUAUAUAUCUAUAUAACUGCAUGAUUUGCUAUAAAAACUUGAUAAGAAGACGAAAAAUACAAAGUAAUUUAUUUUGGAAA